AGUAUUCAUGCCGAUGACGAUUUCGGUUGCAAUGAAUGCGAURGCAAUGAUUCYGGCGAUGGGAAAAAAGGAUCGAAUCAACAAACAGCGGUUCAAAUGCAUCCCCGAGUUGCCAUCAGCAGGGCCAUUACCCUCAUGGAGUCGAAACAUCGACWCAAGAAAAAACAAGGCGACUUGCUGCUUACKUWUUUGCUUUCAUUGUCAUCAUGUUCGUCAACGUCCUUGCAACAAAACAAAUCUGGAAAUACAACCGAUUCUGCAGGUGCAGAAGCGCAGCCUUCUCUCCUUUCAACGGAAACUCUUCGCAUCGGGUUUGCGGGGCCGCCCGGGGCCGGUAAAUCCUCUUUGAUGGAAGCAUUCGGGAUGAAACUGCUUCAAGAGGAUCCCGCAAUGAAACUGGCGGUAGUGUGCAUCGAUCCGUCUUCGAAUAUUUCCGGGGGUUCGAUCCUUGGCGACAAAACACGCAUGACGAGGCUAUCACGCCAAACAGACCGGGCCCUCGUUCGACCCUCUAGCAACUCGGGAAUCCUCGGGGGACUGGCCGCUUAUACMGACGACGUUGUGCGCUUGCUYACUUGUGCAGGGUAUCCGUUGGUGUUUGUUGAAACCGUGGGUCUUGGACAAUCCGAAAUUGAAGUGGCACAAUCGGUUGAUGUCCUUGUACUGUUGAUUCCGCCAAGCGGUGGGGACGAACUGCAAGGGGUGAAAAAAGGGAUUGUUGAAAUGGCAGACAUUUUGGCGAUAACAAAAACCGAUGGCGASUUGGAAGCAGCGGCAAAUCAAACCGCUGCCGACUAUAAGGGUGCCCUUCGUGUCUUGCAUCAAUCGCACAGCGGCAGUGGURGCAAUGGCGACAAAUGGAUACCACCCGUGGUGAGGACAAGCUCUGUCACAGAAYUGGGGUUGGAGGAUUUGUGGCUAACGAUUCUUCGAUACCAACARCACUUGCUGACUACUGGAAAUUGGGGCGUUCGGCGACGAAAACAAGUCAAAUACUGGAUGUGGAAACAAUUAAGUCGYAUGAUACAAAACAAGAUGAAAGACGACCCAACGCUCAAUGAAAGAGCCAACGAACUCGAGCGGAAAAUGCUGGAUGGAUUACUCACACCCCGUGUUUCUGCGCAAGUAUUGAUGGAAGAAAUGUUUGAGACAGAAAAAAAGUAGUAUUGUGCAGUAAUUGUACCGAUAAUGACAACGGUGAUCAAUUUGUGAAACCGUGGUUGCAUGACCCAUCAAUUGACGAAAAUCGUACAAAAGCUAAAACAACAAUUCAAGACAACUAUAUGCAAGCCAAAUAUCUAAUUUUUGAUAAGUGCAGAYGACACAGUUCCAUAAUUAUCUAUCCAUAAAUAAAAGUUGUUGACACAC